GAGUGGAACAGUUAUAUUAAGGUGCCUUCUAGCGGAGCGCUGUGUUCUUCCUCUGCGACAGUUCAGGACCUGGUUGGCACACGAAGGGAGUCUGCAGAAGACUGAGAGCGGGAACACCUUUACUGGAAAUAAAUCAAAAUGCCUUCGAACAAAGACGAUGGCGGGUGGAAGAAGUUCGUGUGGGAUUCGGAGAAAGGAGAGCUGCUCGGUCGGACUGGAAGCAGUUGGUUCAAAAUUAUAGUGUUCUAUGUCGUUUUCUAUGGCUGCCUGGCUGGAAUCUUCAUCGGAACCAUCCAAGCCUUGCUGCUCACCUUGAGCAACUACAAGCCCACCUGGCAGGACCGAGUGGCCCCUCCUGGCCUUUCACACACCCCACGCUCAGACAAAUCUGAAUUGUCCUUCAACCUGAACGACAUGGAGACCUACAUGCCUUACACCAAGGCCCUGAAGGAAUUCAUGGCCAAGUACAACGAUGAGCUACAGAGGGACCAGAUGAAGUACGAGGACUGUGGAGAGGAGCCUGCAACUUACAAGGACAGGGGCGAGUUGAUAAGCGACAUCGGCACCAGGAAGGCCUGUCGCUUCUCCAGGAGCCUGCUGGGACCCUGCUCCGGCAUCGAGGACAGCGACUUUGGUUUCAAGGAGGGCAAGCCCUGCGUGAUAGUGAAGCUCAACCGGAUCGUCAGCUUUAGACCAAAGCCUCCUCCAUCUAAUGCAAGCGUCCCUGAUGAGGCUCAGUCCAAGGUGCAGCCCAACAUUAUCCCCAUCUACUGCACCAACAGGAGAGAGGAGGAUGCUGGUAAAAUCGGGGAGAUUAAGUACUACGGUAUCGGUGGCGGCUUCCCCUUGCAGUACUAUCCCUAUUACGGCAAGCUGCUGCACCCUCACUACCUGCAGCCGCUGGUGGCUCUGCAGUUCACCAACCUCACCCUGAACACUGAACUGCGCAUCGAGUGCAAAGUGUUCGGAGAAAACAUUGAUUACAGCGACAAGGACCGCUACCAGGGACGCUUUGACAUCAAGUUAUCUAUUAACAGUUUAUGACCGCCAUCAGGACCAUAGCACUUCCUGCCCCCUUCCUCCUUAACUAAAUACAAAUGUAAUGUAGGAGAGUAUCUGUGGGGGCGGGUUGCAGCGCUUCAGUCAAUCACUAAUAGUCUUGAAUGAAUCAAUGAAAGAAAAUGCCUGAUAGGGGACCGAUGUGUGAUCUUGUCUGCUUUCAUCACUAGCUUCUACACUUCUGUCUAGCGUUAGAAUGUAAUUUAGAGGAAUAUGCCUAAUAAAAAUAUUUAUUCAGCUGUAAAUGACUUUUCCACAAGCCAUGGGACAUUGUUCAUCGAUGACUGUAAAGUUAAAUUCCAUCUCUGACGUGUAGCGAGCUGUUUGUCCCUCUGCAUAUCGCUGCUUUGUGUGCUUUCACUAGAUAUUUUUGAGUGUGCAUUAGUCGCAAAAACUGGUCCUUCAAACCGUGUGUGUGUGUGUGUGUGUGUCUGUGUGUGUGUGUGUGUGUGUGUGUGUGUGUGUGUGUGUGUGUGUGUGUGUGUGUGUGAGAGAGAGAGAGACGCUCCACUUAAUGAAUUAGUUUAACAUGGUACACUCCUCUGUGUAAGGAAAAGGCUGCACUCCAAGGAACUUCUGUCCUCUUUUUAUUCAUCUUUUAUUUGUGAUCACUUUUACUUUGUUAAAUUGUUUCGAUGUGUGACGGGCUUUUCUUACUUAACUUUUGAUUUUGACCUUUGGUGUAGAGUUGUGUGUCCAGCCUGUUCCACACUGGCCUGCUGUGUGGGUGAUGGUGCUGACUCAAGUUUUUAAGAAUUGUUUUGCUGGGUUCAUCACAGCAUUGUGGUGUAACACUUUGAACGUUUCAGCCAUUAAACAUGGUGGAAGAAUUUUACAUUUAUGCAGUUGUACAUUUUGUUUCUUUGCAGAAUAUUGUAAUGUAUCAAUGCAAUACCAAAGUGACGAGUUAAGAGUAUCGGAAGCAAUGCAGUACUCGUUUUUAGAAUGUCAUGUUAAGUGCUAAAGUCGAUGUCUAGCAUCCUCAGUGGGUAACUCUUGAUCUGUGUUUAGGCCAUGAAUGUAGUUAGCUGUAGAAUGAACAGGUAACAGUUUAAUUCCACAAUGACCUGACUUAAUGCAUUUCAAAAAGACCAGAGCUCAGUGGCUUUAGAUGGUUAAUGAUGUUGGCUUUAAUAUUCCUUAGGAUUUCAUGUUGAUGUAAAACACUCUACUUGAACUUUAACAUCAGUCGACUCUCCACCAUUUCAUCCAGCGUUGUCAUUUAAUCAAAGAUGGAAACAAAUAAAGUCAUAAUGGACCUUUCUCUUGUGUGGUCUUCUUCAGUUAUAUUGUGAAAUAUACAGUCUGAAACACA